CUAAGUUGGCUGCUACAGUGCAUCUUUUGGCGUCCCAAUGGGGGACUCAGGAUCAAGACGAUCUACCUUGGUCUCCAGGUUGCCAAUAUUCAGAAGAAGUAUUAGUAGAAGACAUGAUUCCCUUCCUUCCUCACCCUCUUCUAGCAAUACAGUUGGUGUACACAGCUCCUCUCCCUCUAGUACCAACUCAAGCUCGGGAAGUACUGGUAAACGUAGGAGCAUAUUCCGUACUCCAUCCAUUAGCUUCCAUAAGAAGGGGAGCGAAAUUAAGCAAGAACCUAUCAACCAGAACCUUAGUAUUUCCAAUGGUGCUCAACCUGGUCAUAGCUGUACACAAAAACUAAGUUCGGAAGAACAUAUAAAAACCAGGGGUAGACAUUCUGUUGGUUUUAGUAGUUCACGGAAUAAGAAGAUCACAAGAUCUUUGACAGAGGAUUUUAAGAGGGAAAAGGAGCACUCUACGACUAAGAAUGUCUUCAUAAAUUGCCUAAGUUCUGGCAAAAGUGAAGGUGAUGAUUCUGGAUUCAUAGAAGAGCAAGGUCACCGUUCUGUUAAACAGUCAACCAAGAAGUUGCUUACUAAAUCUUUUUCAUCUCACUCUAAAUUUUCAAAGCCAGUCCCACAGAGUCAGCCUAUUUCUUUGUCUCCACAAUCUGGACUUUCCCUGGAAAUUAACCAGAACCAAGAGAGAGAAACUGCACUAAUAAGAGAGUCGCCAUCUUGCUCAAUGGAUGUAACAGAACAGGUGGAAAGCUCUUUGCACUCUCCGUUGCUUUCUGCUGAUUUCACUGUGGCUCAGACCCCUUCCGAGUUUUUAACUUUAACGGAAGAUUCUAUGUCUGAGGCAUAUGCACUUCCGAAGAGUGGAAGCCAGGCCUCCCACAGUGGCAGCCUCAAUCACAACGAUUCUACCUCUCAUGGAACUUCCAGCCCUGCUGCUGCUUCAAAGACAACAGCCCUUGUAGGAGGUGUGCCCUCUGCAAUGGUAUCUCCUGUGAAAUAUAGAUUAGAAGGUCGCUGUAGCCCUGAAUUGCAUUCCUUACCAGGAACCUCUGCUGCUAAUCAGAAGGAAGUGUUAUUGCAAAUCACCGAACUACCUGAUACAAAUAGGAAGAACUCAGAGCAUCACUUGUCAGGAGAAGUGCAAAGAGAAGAACAUAGGGUGUUACAAAAUAGUGAAGCCAUGCUGGGUACUAGUACAAGCACCCCAAAAAAGCUUGGAUUGUCUGACCAGCAAAAAGCAAUAUCUGACCGCAUUAAAGGAAUCUAUCCUAUUUCAGAUUCCAGGAUAAUACCCUCUGUUGGUGAUCAUUAUGCUUUUAACAGAACAUCAUAUGGGUAUGAUCCAAAUCCCGUCAAAGUUCUUGCCAGUAGCUUCAGUCCAUUUCGAGAAGGAAGAUUCAUAGAGAGGCGAUUGCGAUCUUCCUCAGAAGGAACUGCAGGGAGUAGCAGAAUGGUUUUCAGACCCAAAGAUGGAGGAAACAUAGAAGAAAUUAAUAGUCUAAGAAAGCAGCGAGCAGGCUCUUCAUCUUCCAAAAUGAACAGCAUGGAUGUUUUGAAUAAUAUGGGAUCUUGUGAACUGGACGAAGAUGAUCUAAUGCUUGAUCUUGAGUUUUUAGAGGAUCAGAAUUUAUAUCCUCCAGUUUGCCGUGAAGAUUCAUACCACUCUGUAGUCUCAUGUGCUGCUGUAGUUCUCACUCCUAUAGAACCAACAACAGAAAUGAAGAACAGAGAAGAACUUCAAUUUCCUGAACCUUCCAAACAGAGCCUGUUCCUGAAACUAACAAAAGACGCUGACCAAGAAGUCAGGGGAUCCCUUGCCAGCCGAAUGCCCAGCAGUCCUUCUACAGAUGGCACAUUGCCAGGGGUAGAGGAGAAUGGAGGCAUAGAUUCUCUACCAUUCAGGCUUAUGCUACAGGACUGCACGGCUGUCAAGACUUUGUUAUUGAAGAUGAAGAGAGUUCUUCAAGAGAGUGCAGAUAUGAGCCCAGCAAGUAGCACCACUUCACUUCCGGUGAGUCCUCUUACUGAGGAAGCCUUGCCUUUCAAGGAUAUAAUGAAAGAUGAAUGUUCGGUGCUAAAGCUGCAACUAAAAGAGAGGGAUGAACUAAUUUUCCAACUUCAGAAAGAGCUGGAGAAACUUCAUCAUUUACAGAAGGCUUCUGCUUCAGGAAUAGAUAAAUCCACUCAGACUGAACUAGGCUAUGAUUGUUUGAACCUGAAACGACUGGAUGCAGUGCAAGGAGGGAGAGAGGCCAUGUAUCAAAAUCAAAUUGUGAGUCAAAGUCUCAACACAAAGGACAGAAGAGCAAUGCUUACUCUCACAGAGGACCAUUUUAGAUAUUCAGCUGCUGACCAGACAAGCUUCUUCAAAAACAAGACCUGCCAACUAACAAGUCUCUGUCUAAGUAAUGUCUUGAAGGACAAGGAACUAGAGAAAGUUAUCAAAGACUCUAGAGGAACUUCUGAAACUCUGACUUCAGAGGUCACCCAGAAUUCAUGUCCUACCUCGGUACAGAACUCCUUGAAGUUGACAGCAAAGAGAGAAGCGUUUUCCGCGUUUUCAGAGAAACCAAAGGACCAAAUUACUGUUACUCACCACCACUCACCCUUUACUGGCAGAUUUGGACAGCCUCCCAGAGGGCCAAUUUCUUUACACAUGUACAGCAGAAAAAAUAUUUUCUUCAACCACAGUUUACACACCAGUGAACUGCAGACUCUAGGCCAACAAGAUGGAUGA